ACAUUUCGUGCCACUGAGUUGAUAAACUACGGUGCUUUGUGCAAAUCCAGAAACGGUGAUGAAGGAAAGGUGUUCUCUGUACGAACGAGACUAUGUACUUCCCGGACGCUGGGGAUAGGCGUGCACAGAUUUCCUUUCACGUGCGAAAUGCCCAUGGUUAACUUUCCACCUACGUUCCAACAUCCCCUCAUAGCAAGUAGCUAUACUCUACUCGCUACCCUUAACAAUUCGUGCAAAAGCCAACCCUUGCUGGUUUAUUUCGAACCAUGUGUUGAAACCAGCCCAUAUGCCAAGAUACGACCGUAUAUCUACCGUCUCGACGUUACGCGUGUUUCAUUGCUCACGGGACUACACUACCAGCUUAACAGAGAUACCCUUAUCCGGAUCCGAAUAGAGUCAUUGACAUCGACAGCUCUCUCAGUGUCACUUAAGCAGCAUCUGAAUAUCGUUUCUGAACAUACCGAGACUAUCGUUGUAGCAAGCGUAACUGGACAUGACGAAAUUUUGGAGCUUCGUAUCCCGGACACGAUAGAAUUGCCUACAGUUACAGAUUCAAGACGGUUUGGUAUAACGUACAAGCUUCAUGUCAGUACCAAGAGACGAUACGGGCCAAUCUUCAUAGCUCGAAAGCUGUUUGAGGUGCCGAUCACAGUGGGUACAUUACCGCAUGGUACUGGUGUACCUACCGACUUACUGUCGUACAGUGAUGAUGCGGUAGCGCUAAAUAUGACGACGCGCGCAAAGCCUAAAUUGAGCAAGUCAUCGUCACGACGCAAUAGUCUAGAUCAUGAUACUUUACCAGUAUACGACGAAUUUCGGCCUCCAGGCUACUCCCCACGCGCAUCUUUUGUCGUAUCAUCAUUUCCUACGAUAUAUCACGAAUCAUAUCAUGUACAGUAGCAUAAAGUACAUGUAUAUCAUAUCAAUAAGAAUGCUAUAUGUACAUUAAACAAUAGACAACUUCCAUUUUAUUUUUAAUAAAUUCUAAAAAGAAGUAAUAAAACGC